GUCUCCUCUUUUCCUCCAACGCGUAAGUUCUCUGCAGAUAUUUUCUUCUCUCUCCUCCACCCCAUCCUCUCUUUCUCUCUCUAAAGCCAACAAUUAACACAUUCGUACAGAUCUACUUUCUUCCCCAAGCUCCUUUAAUUUGUUCUUCAUUCAUCGUCUCGAUCUCUCCUCUGGUUUCUCGUUCCUUUCAUGUUGAUUCUCAUCAGUUACAGUUAGUUUUUUUCCAUUCCGUAACGCUCACGCUUUAUAUGCACUUGUCUGUGUUUAUGUUCAUUGAGCAAAUGCCUUGUUCGCUUCUUUGAAUCAAUCAAUGUUAAUCUUUGGAAGAAGAAACAGCUUCAUGAAAUGGAUUAUAUUUGAUUAUCUUCCAGCAAACGAUGAUUCUUUCGCUUCAUUGAAUUACUCACUGUUAAUACUUGGAAGAAGAAGCUUCAAGAAAUGGGUUAACUUUGAUCUUUCUCCAAUAAGGUAUCUAGUAUGUAUCUCAGUGCCUUUUGUUUCACGCUUCAAGGAAACUGCAAAAUCAUAUCAUGACUCUAUUUCACUCAUGUUUUCCCAAUUCAAAAUAGCCAACAUAUUCUAUUUGUGUAGGAGUCUUGGGGCGAGCUUAAGGUGCUUAUGUUGCACGGCAAAAAUGGGAAACAUGGACUGGGACAACAAUGUCAAAGCUAAUGAAUGUGAUAAGCUUGAAGGGGUAUGUAGCUUUGUCACUUCCCGUCACUUGCUUAGAAGGAGGGGGGCGCCUAUUAACAAGAAAAUAACGUCUGCUGUUCAUGAAAUCGUUGUCUGUCCUUUUGGUUUAGUAUUGUCCCGUAUUUUGAUCUUCUAUGGCUCUCUUGCCUACGAGCUCAACCUUGACAAAUUGAAUUCACUUGCGUGGAACAGUUGUAAUUUCAAUUUUGAAUAUUUCAGGAAUCAAUUAAGGUUUUCAGGUCUUUUAUUUUUCUUCCAAUUUUUUCUCCUCCUUGAUCAAUCUUAGAGAGCGGGACAAACACAAGACAAAAGUUGACCAGGGUCCAUCACAUCAGAAAAAAAGGUAGCGCAUCUAAGAGAAUCUCCACCGGCAUACUGCCAAAGCCCAAAUAUAGCAACAUGUCAUCCAAAUUGCUCUUCCAGUGGUCUGCCAAAGCCCAUUAUAGCUUUUGCUGGCACAAGGUUUGGCAAUGCCAAGUUUGCCAUCCAAUCUUUCUAAUUGUGCCCCACCCACCCUUCUAUUUAGCUUUCCCAAAAACUCCCUCACAAACUACAACAUAUUUCAUGACCGAUAAAUUUCUAACCAUAAAUUACAGAGACCGCAACCCAACAAUAAACUCAUUUGUUUUUAGAAAUAAACCAAACUAUAACUUAAAAGUCAAAAUUAAAAUCCAAAAAUUAAAACCACAAGCGGAGAUCAGCGAGAUUGAUGGCUAAGAAAGAUGGAGUUGUGAUCACCUGCCCUAAUUCUGGAGGCACCAGCCUUCUUCAGCCCUCUUCUUAACAAUGAAGCUUUCCCUAAUGAAGAAGCUUGAUCCGUGAAAGAGAAACUUUGGUUCUCAGUCGAGACUGAUGCUUUUCUUGGUGUGGAUUCAGUGACGGGUGAGACAGAGAUGGGGGCGUGACGGGUAAGAGAUGGGCUUGUGAUAGAGGGAUUUGGGCGUGAGAGAGAUGCGAGAUUUUUUAAUGAUGGGUGGCCUGGUGUUUUUAUAUAUAUAUAUAUAUAUACAAAGCAAUUCACAUCACGGCCCAAGAAAAACCAAAGCCAAAAAUAAAAUCAUAGUAAAGCUCAACAAAUCAGAGCCAAAAAAAUGAUAUUUGCCAAACGAUAUCACUUGUACUAGUGGAGCAAGAAUGUAAAAAAAUAGCAAUUUGACACAAUAGCUAGCCAAAAAAUGGCAAUUUGACACAAUGCCAUUUAAGCAAUUAUCGUUGGAGACGCUCUAGCACUAGAGGCCUCUAAUACAACUUCCUAGGUAUCAUACCUAUCACUACAGAGCCCAUAAUGCACCCCCCGAGGAUUGAUCAUGGGAUGUAGGGGUAGUUGAGAUACCUCUUGGUUGUCAAACCAAGGGAGAUAGGUAAAGCCACCUAUCCAGAGGUGAGAUGGCCUCCACGAUUUUGCAACCCUAUAAAAGGGAUUCUUUGCGUACAAAAAUAUAUAUCCAUUCACCUUCAAAUUAGUGUUGUCAUUCCCCUUCCGUACCGGAUUGUAUCAGCCGAAAUUUACUGUUCCGACUACAAAAACUCCACACGGUCUUUAGUUUCAUUUCAGUCAAAAUAUUGGACUGUUCCAUUCCAUCUCAUCUCAGAAAUUUCGGUGUGUUUUCUGGCGUUUCCAGUCUUCGAUGUUGGUUUUCAUGUGGUACAAACAAAAAUAAAAAAUUCUUCAACCAAUAGGCAAAGUUUCUUGUAUAGAUCUGCUUUCGGAGUGGUCUGGUUCCGGUGAAAAAGCAGAAAAGUUGCCUCUUCAAGAAAUGACGAGAAAACAUAGCUCAUUCAUGGACGGAAGACUAGAUUCACCAAACGAUGAGAGCAUAGAAAGCUCUGGAAGAGAGGAAAAAAUUCAAUUCUAAUGUGUGAUUUUUUCAACUUUAUGAUGUGAUGUGAGAUUUUUAUGUGUGAUAUAUAUACAAUAAUUAAUGUGAGGUGUUUUGAACUUUUAGAACUAUGAAAAAUUGUUGGUGGAGAUUAGUGCCUAAAAUGUGAGGGGGAAAUCAAGUAUUAGAACUACAGUGAUCUCCAGCUAUCUUGGUGCCUAAAAUAUAAGCAAGCUGGAUUGUGGAGAUUAACGAUCCUAUGAACACUGAAUAGGCUUCAUAAUACUAUUAAAGUCCUAACAUUGUCAGAGAAACAAGUGUGAGCUUUAAUGAAAGCAGGAAGAUUAUACUUGACAUGUGAAAUGAAAUUUCUAGAGGAGAGAUUUGUUGAUUGCAUCAUGAAUAUUGAUUGUUUCAGUGAUUAUUUUGUUUGUUCUGUUUCAUCUUUCAUUCAUCGAAUGCUAUCUACUAUAGCAUUUGUUACCAUUUGACCAACAAAUUUCUUAAUAUUAAAGAAUUUGAACAAAGGGUAACUUCACUACAACCAUGAAAAAAAGGAUGCUUCCUAGAUUUCACACCUAAUUGAAUGACAACCACCAAUGCAGCAACCUCAGGAUUUACUUUACCGAAUUAUAAAAUCAGCUUUGUGGUAUUUUUCUUGAUUAAUUCAUCAUAGUUGUGAGCAAAUCUCCAUAAUUUAAAGUAAAUUUACCACUCUUAUCAAAUUUUCAAGCACAGUAUUGAAGUAAUGGUGGACCUAUAGUAGUAGUAAGUACCCAAACUUGCUUCAUAUUGCCUUGAAGAAGAAAUAAACAGAUUAUCCAAACUUGCUUAAUAGUGUAGAAGAGAGAAAAAAAAAAAAAAAAA